AAAUUCUAUGUAACCUACUAAUGUGCCCAUCUUUUUCUUCAUGCUUUCUCUAUUUUUCUUUCCUUUUUUUGCCUUUCCCUGCCUAUUUGAGUCCUCAACUCUUUCACUCUCUUUGUCAUUUGCUCUUCUCUGUCUAACAAUAGUAAAAUAAAACCUGCUCAUUUGCCGGUCAAGUUGCCAGGAUUCAGUCCUCAGCCAAGGAGACCACAAUUCCUUCUGACAAUGUUUGCUGUUUCUACAGUGUGAAUCACAAUAAAUAUUAUCUUUUCAUUAGCAGGAUCUCUGAUUGCUUUUUUCCUGGUGAAUCUACUGGUAGAAAGCAGUGAAAUUUGGUCCCUUGGAUGAUCAACUUACUGUCAUUUCCCCCCUUUUUCAGGAUAGCAUAUAACAUCUAUGGAGAUACAGAAUCACACUUUGGUCACAGAGUUCAUCCUGCUGGGCAUCCCCCACACAGAGGGGCAGGAAACUGUGCUCUUUGCUGUGUUCUUGAUCUUCUACCUCUGCACUCUGCUGGGAAAUCUGCUCAUCCUCCUAGCUGUGAUGUUUGAUUCCCACCUCCACACGCCUAUGUAUUUCUUCCUUUGUAAUCUCUCCGUGCUGGACAUUGGUUUCUCUUCUGUGAGCACUCCAAAGAUGCUGGCCAACUUGCUGGUGAGAAGCCGAGUCAUCUCCCUGGGUGGCUGCAUGUGCCAGGUCUUUUUCUACCACUUCCUGGGCAGCACUGAGUGCCUGCUGUAUACAGUAAUGGCCUACGACCGGUUUGCUGCCAUCUGCUACCCACUGCGCUACACCAUCAUCAUGAAUCGCCGGGUGUGUGCCCUGCUGGCUGCUGGUACCUGGUUCACUAGCUCCUUUCAUGCUACAAUUCUCACCACAUUGACCUUCCAACUGCCAUAUUGUGGCUCUAAUGAGGUGGACUAUUUCUUUUGUGACAUUUUCCCUGUAGUCAAACUGGCAUGUGGUAACACCCUUAUCAUAGAGACCGUGAGCUUCACCAACAUUGGCCUCAUGCCCAUGACCUGCUUCCUCCUCAUCCUUGCCUCGUACGUCCGCAUAGUCAUUGCAAUCCUGAAGAUGCGCUCUGCCGAGGGGAGGCGCAAAGCAGCGUCGACCUGCGUUUCCCACCUCUCAGUGGUCACGCUGUUCUUUGGGCCCUGUGCCCUCAUCUAUACCCAGCCAUCUUUGAGUGAAGUGCUAGUAACCCCAGUGCAGAUCUUUGGCAAUGUAGUCACCCCCAUGCUGAACCCCACAAUCUACACCCUGAGAAACAAAGAUGUAAAGGGAGCCCUGAAGAAACUGGCUGGGGCUCAGAUUGUUUCAGAAGGAGGUCACUAG